UUCAUUUUUGUCUCACACAUCGUGCAGUGACAAUGAAUCUCUUCAUUCUUAUUCUUUUGACUGUCAGUGUUUGUUGGCACAGUACACGUUGUAAGACUGUACCAGCUACCAAUCGAAUAAAAACGAUUCCCAUUUCAAGGGAAACGCCUACUAUGAUGAAUAUUGAAAAUCAUACGGAAAAGCAACUUCUAUGGAAGAUUUUAAUUCCGGAACAAAAUUUGUCUACGAUACAAGAAGUGAACGAAAUUGCAAACAUAAAAGUUGAUCCUUCGAAUCGUACAUCUAAGAAUUUGAGAAGCUUGGCUUUUCUAGCUAGUUUAAGAAAUAAUAAUUUGGCAAAAGCAGCAUCAUCCAACGUGAAAACUAAUGCUCCAUCUGUACCUUCAAACGUCGAUGCUACCAAAAUUUCAUCACAGAUCGCUGCCAUUUACAACCCUUAUUCUUACUUGACUCAUCCUUACAUCUUGACUGCUCCGUUGGGCAUUUAUCCUUUAUUGGAUCUGCUACGAUUGCAAUCACUUGGAGGAACGAAUAAAAAUUUUCAAUCGCUGCCAGAACACCUACAAACUUUAUUGGAUAAUAUUAAACAAACGAAUUUGAUAAAUAAUAAUGACGAAUAUGGGGAGGAGAACAAGAAAGUUGAAAAAGUGAAAGCUUCAAGUGAGAAUGGUGAUAACGAGCAUGGGGGAGAUUUCGAAGUUGAGGAUUAUCGGACUUCAGGAGAAAAGGUGACGGCCUCUGAUACUGCAUGUAAUGCACAGAAGAAAAUUAACACGAAAUUGAAAGAUGUUUCCAAAGAGCAUGAGGGCAUCGAAAAUUCUGGACAAAAUACUCUUGCUAAUAUAAUUAAUAAUAAUAAAACUCACGCAGACGUUUCAAAAAAUCCGGGUACUCACAAUUCAACAGGAAGUUAUAAUUAUACAAGUUAUCCAUUUUACGGUUAUUACUACGGUGGAUACCCACCAAAUAUAAACCAUGUUGAUUUAACUACAGACACAAACGACUAUAAAUAUCACGAUUACGAGCAUAUCAAUUACAAUUUACCUUCUUACGAUAAACCCGUAAAUUUUUAUUCAGAUCAAAAGUACAAUUAUUAUUCUGUUCCAUCUGGUGAUCCUUAUCUGUCGAAUCAAUUUCAUCAGGAACAAAUACCUGAAUAUUUUUCUAACGAUUUCAAAAGACACCUGUAUACGACGGAUAAUCCACCGACAUUCUCGAGCAAUGAUUUCAGACCUAUGGCAUAAAAUCAUUGUAACGUAUUGUUUAAAUAUAUGGGAUAGGAUAAGAAGAAUAAUUUAAUGUUUCAUAAAAUUAAUGAUUUUUGUAAUUUUUAUAUCUAAAAGUAAAUUCACAAGAGAUUAAGAGAUUUAUUAAGUGACAAAUUUUAUUUAACGCUUGGAUGGCGAGAUAUUGAGAUAAUGAUAAUAUAAAUUUCAUUUUAGAUACUUUUUUUUAAUUAACAACAAAAAUGAUUAGUUAAAUCGUUGAAUAUAAUAUUGAAAAUAAAAACAAAAGAUAAAUAAAAAUGUCACUUGCAUCCUUUUAGUCUUAAGUGCCUCAUAGCUGAGUACUGAAUACCUAUGUACAAAUUUGAAUAUUCUAUUAUUUGAAUAUAUUGUCUUCUUGUAGUUCCUAUUUGAAAUUGUUUACUUCCUUUUGUAACGAUCAAAACUAGUUCUAAUCACAACGGUUCAGUAUGAAACCAAUCGUUUACGUAUUCAUACGGUAUGACAAUGAUAAUAAUGUAAAAGUGUGUGUAAUUCUAGCUAUUUAACCUGAAUACAACUUAAUUAGCGUAAUUAACAAGAAUCAAGUUAGAAGGAUUGAGUAUAAUAUAUGUUAAUAUAUGUGUUGUGUAAUAAAAAUGAAAAUGUUUGUUUUAUUAUUCACUAGUAUGGUAACUACAGUUGAUUACUGUACUUCAGCUAGUAAGUACAAAAACAUUUCUUGUAUAAUG